AAUGACAAAGUCAAAACUUUAUUAUUGCAACAUUCAUUAAAUUUAUUUAAUUUAUAGUAUUGUUUGGUUCGUAUUUUAAAGUAUAUUGUAGUUAGUUUGUUUAUUAUAUAUCGCUAUUAACAUAUUUUUCUUGUGAAAGAAUAAGUUAAAUCGUGAGAAAGAUGGUUUAUGUAAAAAAAGAUGGUUCUGUGGUGGAGCAUAAUCCAUUUAGUGUUUUUGGAUGGUUUUGGGGCAUUGUGAACUUUUUUUACUUGCUAUUCCAGACUCUCAUUAAUCCCAGCUACAACAAACAUGGUGACAAGUAUGUGAGAGAUUUUCGCCCACCUGGUAGUGGACCUCCAAAACCUCCAUCGAGAAAGUUUGGUGGUUUCGGGCCGUCUGGCUCUGGACCUUCCCCACCACCCAUGGCUGGUGGUGGCUGUGGUUGCGGUUGAGGUUGAGAUAUUGUGUUAACUAUAUUCCAUUCCAAUUCAAAUCUCUUAAAGCCAAUGGUAACUUGAAAUGAAAUUAACUUCUUUAAUGCCUAUGUCUGUGUUUGUUGACAUUCAAAGUAGCUAUUUCUAAAAUACUUUUGUAAUCUAUAAUUAUUGUACAAUACAAAUUAAAUUGGAAUGGAUUGAAUUCACAUUUUUGAUUUUUUUAAUAUUUAGUCAAAAUAUAUUCCAGUAUAUAUUAUACCUAUAAUGCUUUAUUAAUUUUGUUAUUAUAAUAUGUCAUGAAUAAUUUUAAAAAUAAGCCUUAGGUGAAAUUGUGUCACCAUGUUUAUGGUAACUGUAUAUUAUUAUCAAAAAUUUUAAAGAAGUUGAUGCUGGACUUAUUUAAUUAAAGAUAAGAAAAAUAAUGUGGAUAUAACCUUAAAUUAAAUUACUUGUAAAUUAACUUAAUUGUUGAUAAUUAACAUAAAUAAACUCAUUACGACUUAAUAAUCAAAUAGUUUUUCAACUUCAACAAAAUAACCAAGACCAAGCACUUAUGUUUGAUACGCGGCCGUAUACAGUGCGCCAACGUGUAAAUACGUCACAAGCGCUUGCCGCAAGCUUCUAUUUGAUCUGUGCAAAAACUGAUACUGGCCCGGAUCGGCGACAAGCUCUUGCGAGCUCAUGCAAGACAAACUAAACACCACGUUCACACUUUUGUGGUUGUGUACUUGUGUAGUCUUGUCGAGACUUGCCAAGCGUGUAAAUGUAGCAUGACAUUCAGAAUCCAUCUGUCUUCAACGGUACCUUAAUAGUUUUAUUCUGUAAAAAUAUAAACAAACAAUUAGAUGUAAAUUUACUUUAUAUGUUACUGCAUAGCGUUAAUGUUGUUAGAAUUGUCUUAAUACGUAUGUAUCUGUUACAGUCAGGUUUUUAUAUUUAAAGUGCUUUUGACUAAAACAUAAGUUAGCUUAGGUUAUAAUUUGUGUAAAAUGUGUAAGAGUGUUACCUGAAUUAAUGUUUUGUAUCCCAGUGUGUGGUCCGAUUAUAUCAAUUUCCCAGAUUAUACAAUUAUAAAAAUAAAUCUAACCUAACCUAAUUAAUGUUGAAAGUAGUUUUGACAGGGAUAUAGCCAUUUUGAGGUUAAGUUCUUCCGUUCCCUUUGUGAAAUUUAAUACGGUAUUUGCUUUGAGUUUUUCACUAUUUAUUCUAUUAUUUCAGUUCUUAACAAUAUAACUCUAUGCAUAAUCUCAAUAUAUUUAGAAAAUAUGUGAUAACUUUCCUUCAAGUUUAAUUAAUAAAUGGAACUAAAAUAAUA